AUGGCUAGUCACAUAAUACGACAUUCACGUCGUUUCCUAGGCUCUAGAGCUCUUUUACGGAGAUACUCGACUGCAGACCCGUUCAUUCUGCCGCUUUCACGAGAAGCGACUGAGCAAAUAGCGGACAAGGAGACACCGCUGCCGCCUAGGAUUCACAGAGAGAAUGAGACAGUGUCCGCACUCAGAGCCCGUCUUGUUUACCAAUCGAGGAAGCGCGGCAUGUUGGAAGGCGACCUGAUUCUCUCAACUUUUGCAGCAGAGCAACUGCCAUUGAUGAGCGAGGCUGAGCUCAUGGAGUACGAUCGUCUAUUGGACGAGCCGGACUGGGAUAUUUACUAUUGGGCCAUCGAGAAGAAGCCACCUCCGGAACGCUGGGCAAAUACAGAGCUUUUGAAAAAGCUUCGCGUUCAUGCCAGGAAUGAGGGAAAGGUUGUACGCAUGAUGCCCGGUCUUCAUCAGGACAAGGGAGUUUGA